AUGAGCGCGCUGGUUGGCCGCGCGGUUGUGACGCAUGGGCGCUUGUCGUGUCACGUGACUGCAGCCUGUAACGGGGAGGAGGACUUCCUGACCCAGUUAGUGUGCAACCUGCUCGAUGAGGGCAACGCCUUCUUCAGAGACGGCCAGUGCGAGCAGGCUGUCAAAGAAUUCAGCGAAGGCUUGAAUGUGUCAUGCUACGCUGAAACGGAGGAGAUCAAGAUCCCCGAAGCUUUGCUCGAGAGCCUGUAUGUCAACCGGGCGGCUGUCUACCACAGUUUGGGGGAGUAUGAACAAGGUGUGCUGGACUGCAACAGCGCUCUGGAGGUGUGCAAAGACAGCCGCAGAGCGCUGUACAAGAAGGCCCUUUGUUUGAAGGGGCUUGGGAAGUAUAAGGAGGCCUACGACUGCAGCGCCAGCUAUCUGCUCAUUAAUCCUCAGGACCAACAGGUGAAUGAGCUCGCACAGGAACUGGCAAACCAUCUAGGACUGAAGAUUCGAAAACCUUACGUCAGCACAAAGAUGUCAGGCGGUAAUGUAGAAAAUGGUAAUAGCGUUGCACCAGUCAACUUCCCCAGCGUGCCUCAGUCCUCAUUUCCUUCCACACCUACCAGCUGCAGCACACCUACUAACUCUGCAGUACCUGAAAGGGCGGGCACUAUCGAGGACUCCGAGCUGAUGGGAGAUGACAUAGACAGUCUGCUGGACUGUGUUUCUACUGAGCCGGAAACAGCUGAGGACGUAUUCUCAGUGCCCAGCGGGACAUCCACUUGCACACAAAGAGGCCCAUCUGUCCUGCCCGCACCGACACCCCAACUACCCCCGGCCUUUUUCAGCUCAGCCGUUAACCAACUCAACUCCUUGGACUCCUUUUCUGGUUCUGGGCUCGGCACCUCAGCUGCUACACUGGAUAUCCUAGACGACCUCUCGACCUCUGAAAAAGGUGGUGUUGCAGAUGCUUCAAACUUACUACUGACCCCUACGAAGCUGGACGGUCUGGAUUCCCUCGAUUCUCUCGAUGACGCCUUGGAUAAGAUGCCGAAGGCUGCUGCUGCUGAAGAAGUUAUCGAGGCCAAAACAGAGCUGGAUGUAGGAGAAAAGUCUCUUGAUGAGCUGCUAGAUGAACUAGAUCCCUUAGAGACAUGCUCCUCAGGUAUCUCAGGCUCUCAUAUUAUUGCGGCUCCAGUAAUGCGAUCUCCAAAAAAUCAUUACAAAGAGAAAGAAAACCAAAGGCCGGGUGCAGUGUAUAACCCUCUGUCCUCCACCCAUGAGUUCCUGCAGGCCUGCUCUGCUUGCUACCCUCGAGAAGGUGUAGGGAUAUAUACUUAUGUUCACAAGCCAGACCUGGUCCACAACUGUAAGAGAGACAUUCUGCUAUGCAGACUGAAAGCCGAUCCCCCGUUAGACUGGACCAGAGUGCGACCGCUGCCCAUACUGAAGGCCUUUGGUGGGCGAUUUGUACUUUGCAAAGAGAAAUGCACGUUUGCCUACAACCAGAUGGAGAUCGAUGUUUGGACAGAGGAGAAGAAAGGGAGGCUGGACAGAAACCGACUGUUUGGCACAAAAUCUUUUAAACUGGACCCUGUGAGCAGCAUCAUAUGCCUCCUACAGGAAAACAAAGGCACGUUCAUGUUCCUCUGUCAGGCGUGCUAUGACAGUAAACCGAGAAUAAUCAGCAAGCGCUUCCAAGACAUUCAGACCAUCUGCUCUAACUUGGAUGUUCGCCACAACUUUGAUGCUAAUAAGUGCUUGGCUUUUGUGGUGAGGACCCACAAUGUGAUUUACAAGAAGAUGUGUGCACAGAUUUUGGAGAAGAGGAAAUGUAACUACUCUGGGGUCUGCACCUUUGCUCACAGCCCAGAGGAGAAGGACAUGUGGAUGUAUAUGAAAAAUAAUGACUUGAAAGACAUGCAGCAGAUGUAUGACAUGUGGCUGGAAUUAAGAGGUUAUAAUCGUCAAGCAGAUGGAUCCACGGUCAACCAGCCCAGCCCUGAGGAAAAAUACAUCACUAUGCCCACUGAUUAUGCUGAGCCAAUGAGUGGCUUUCACUGCCGCCUGUGUGGCAAACACAGUAACAGCGAGCGGCAGUGGCAGCAGCACAUUUCCACCGAGAAGCACAAGGACAGAGUGUUCAGCUGCGAGGGAGAAGAUGAAGCUCUGACGUGGAGCUACCGCUUCCCGGGUACACGCUUUGAACUGUGCUCCAAGUUGGAUGGCAGCUGUCCUGAUGGUGCAUGCUGUGACUACGCCCAUAGCCCGGAGGAGCUCCAGGAGUGGAUAGAGAGACGAGAGUUCUUACGACAAAAGCUGGCCAAAGCUAGGGAAGAUAUGCUCGUCAUGCCUGAUGAGGUCGACUUUGGAAAAUACAACUUCCUGCUUCAGGACUAAGAAGAAUUUGACUUUGUGAGCCAAUUUUGUAACUGCCA